AUGGCUUCUACAGCUAAAAGAAAUUCUGCAGUGACAACCCUGAAUACGUUUUGCCCUGAAGGUGGAGUGUGCAAGCAUGGAUUCCUCAUCAAAUCACCACCUAUUCAACUUUUCAGCUCCCAGAAUUCCUGGAAAAGGCGUUUUUUCAUCUUGUCCAGAUCCAGCAAGGGCAAUUACAUCCUGAAGUAUCUGAAAGGCCAGAACAUAAAAGGCUCCAUAGCUGUUGAUCAAAUCAUAAAUAUUGAAGUUGGCAUCAGCAAAUCCGAAAUGAUGGAUAUGGUGAGGAAGAUGUUUAAAUGCCUUCCUGAGCAGGUGAUGUCCAUCAGCACUGGAAACAGGUGUUAUUAUCUCAUUGGGAGCAGCAGGCAGGAAACAGAGGACUGGGUCACUGUGUUAUCUUCAGUCUGCAAGGAGGCCAAAAGAGGUGGAUGCUGCCCUCAGAACCAAGAUCUUCCAAAUUCAGAAGUCAGAAGCCGGCCUUCCUCUUUGCCACUGUUCUUAAAUUCUAUAGAUACAACCAGUGCCCUAGAAGGGCAGAGCUACCAGAAGGAGAAUGGUUCCUCAGAAGACAAGAACAGGCCUAACUCAGAUCCUGGCCCUAAUCAGGCUCAGUGUGACUCACCAAGAGGAGUUUUUCCAAGUCUGGAUAAAACUCUAGAAAAGCGUGAGGAAAACCUGCUGUCGUCAGAUACAGAUGAAGACAUCAAAAAGGAUGAAGAAGAUUAUUACCAAACUCCCAGCAAUCUUUUAGCACAGUGGACUACUGAGAUAUCAAAGCCCGAUCCUACAGCUGGAUUUGAUGUGCAAGAGAAAGCAGUGCAGACGAGCCCAGUACAGGAGAACAUUUAUAUGCCAAUGAAAUCACUUAGGUUGCUGGAUGAGAGUUGCCAGCUUACGAACAGACACGAUGGGCUCCCAUCUCUUCCCAAAUGCCAGGACAACAGCACAUGUCCAAGAGACUUGGAAGCAAACAGAGACCUAAAACUCCCAGAAAACAGCACCAGCCAGCAGCCAACCCUCCAGAGAAAGCAAAAUUCAUCACCACUGUCAGUGGUUCAGUUGUCUAUACUGCUCAGUCAAAUUAAAGAUGAGACCCAGCUGCAGAAGUUGGAUGUUUUCGUCCCCCUGGCUGAUAUUGACAGUUACCUAAAGCUUACUGAAGCAGCAGGACAAAUAUGUGUCUCCCAGUGGACUGGUCCUCACCAAGUGGGAUGCUUAUUUAACCACGGAGACCAUAUAGUGGCUGUGAAUGAUCUGCAACCCCAGAACGUGGAGGAGGCUUACUUCUUCAUCAGCAGGUCCACAAGAAAGGAGGUGAAACUUACUGUUUGUAGGAUUCCACACUCAGAUAUCUUCCAUGUUCAAGGCUGCUCAUGUUCCUGA